ACUUCCUUCUUCUUCGUCGUCGUCGUCAGCGUCAUCAGACUUAUCAGAAUCGCCCAUAAAUUCGACGAUUCAAAAAGCUCUCUGCAACCGUCGGAUCUCUCUCUGUGUCGCUGGUCCCCGGCCUGCAAUUAUCACCCGACACACGCAGCCGCACCGUCAGGCAGGGUGCGGCGAAAAUGUCGGCAGUGGAGGCGUCGCCAAACCUCCGCGACUUCCUCAGUGUCAAGGACGACGACGUCGGAGCUGCCGUCGGCGGGCGGCGCGGCGGGGAUCUAACCGUCCUGACGACGCGCUCCCUCCUCCGCGGGGAGAAGCUGCGGUCGCCGCCGUUGGCCUCGCCCACCGGCUCGCCUCACGCGAGCCGGACUCUGCUGGAUAUCAUCCGCAACGACGAGCUGAACGCAGCUGGCCGCAACAACAUCAGCAGGGACAGGAAGAGCUGGAAGUCUCUCAAGGGCAAGCUCCGGCUACGGCGUGCCGGUGCCGCCUGGCCGUCGACUGUCCCGGUCCCGGAUUCGGACGUCAUCGUCAGUAAUUGGACGUCGCCGUCGCGGAUUCCGAGGAGCGAUUCCAUUCAGUUCGCCGCGCCGAUCACCGAUGAGUCGACUCAGGAAGCAUCUCGCUCGGAGAGCCUGACAGCGGAGAACUCUGUCCCGACAAAUGCGCAGCCUCGCAGGAGCUCGACUCGCUUCGGAUCUCUCGUGCCAAUUUCGACUGAGCCGACUCGGUCAGAUGAGUCGUCGCGUGGCAAUUCGCCUGCGCAGAGUCUCCGGCAGCGAAUCUCAGGCCACAAUUCGGCGAGGUUCACCCCGCUGCGGAGAGACUCAGCACUGCCUUUGACUCGGUCCGAGAGCGCACCAACGAGCGGAGAACGCAAUGCCAGCCAGAUCAGCCCAGCUCUACCAUUCACAGAGGAGCCGGCGCCCGAGCGGACCCGCCGCCUGUCUGCGGCCCUGGCAGAGGAGAGGCAGUUGUCAGCAAGGGAAGCGGCGGCGGCUCAGGUGGCUGCAGAAGCUGAGGCCUCCCGGGCAGAGGCAGCAGCAGCGCAGCCGGCGAGGACGUCGCUGAUGGAUCUAUUGGAGGAGACGGAUGGGCAAGUCGGGUUGCCGGGGACGGGGUAUGCCGAGGGAGACGGCCAGGAGGAGAAGGUGGAGGGCGGGGCCAGCGGCGAGCAGAGUUAUUGCUGCGUGUGCAUGGUGAGGCACAAAGGAGCGGCGUUCAUCCCAUGUGGGCACACGUUUUGCAGGCUGUGUUCAAGAGAGCUCUGGGUGAGCAGGGGCAACUGCCCUCUCUGCAACAACUUCAUCGUGGAGAUCCUUGACAUCUUCUGAUUCUUGAAGCACCUUCAGUGCCACCCUCUCCCCGAGAGAAGAUCCUUUCACAUUUCCACUCACUAGUAAGCCCCAAUGACUUCUCGCCUCUUUUGUUGGUUGAAUUUGUUCUGGGAUGUUUUUAGUAGUGCACCAUUGUUGGGACUCAUGGGCGGGGAGUCAAGACGAUUCAUCUGUAAAAAUGUGUUUUUUAUUUUUAUUUUUUCUGUGUCAUUCAUAUGAAGCUCCGAUUGGAGUGGAGAUCAUUGGCAUUCUUAUGAGCUGAGAAUGAGAUUUAAGACCGCCUUGUUCUA